UUCCCCUCGCCUUCGCGAAACUAAAGCAUUGUUGCAAUAAUAAUGAGUGCGAACCAGCGAGUGAGGCCGAACCCAGGGUCCGACUCGUUCGAAUCGGGCAUACACAACGAGCGUAUACUCGUCCUCAUCUUCGAGUCCAUGAAAUGGGACAUUCACACCCUCUGCCUGACCUGUUCAGUCAACCGGAAGCUCCGAGCCAUAGCGGAACGGCUACUCUGGCGCAAACUCUGCGAGUAUCACGCGCCGCGCAUGAUAGAGACAUUGGCCAACGGCGUGCCCAACGGCCGGUUCUACGGUGGGUGGCACGCGCUGGCGAAGCUGAUGUUCUUUUGCUGUGGCUGCGAGUCAACUCGGCAUUUCAAGAUGAGUCGGCCCUCGCCGGGUCACUUCGUGAAGGCCUCGCGGUUUUCGAAGACUUCGGGUCGGAGCUUCCUGACCAAGAAGUGUCGAGGCGAUCUGUUGUACGUGAGCGACCCGUGCGAGCACCCAAUGGGCGAGAAGGAAGAUGAUUUGGGGAUUUAUAGAGGGGUAUUUAAGGGAUUUAGGAGAUCGAGAACUAGAGCCUGCUUGAUCGGACGACAGGUGGCGCUGGAGGAGAGAGUGACAUGCCCUUAUUGUGCGGCCCGCGUGUGGAGCAUGACCACUGCUCGGCUCGUCCCCAAGAGCGCGGCCAGGCGGCUCGGCUCGCACGAUGGCGGCUUGGACUACUUCGUAUGUCUGAAUGGGCACUUGUACGGCACGUGUUGGCUCGUGCCCUUAACCGAUGAGGAGGGUUCUGACGAGGAUAACGAUGAAGAUAAAGAUUACGGUAGUGAUGAUAAUGGUGGGGUCCGCUUGGUUGAUUAUGAGGAUCGGACGGUAAGUAAUGGGAUUCUCGGGUUCACCGAGUAAAAAUGGAGAUUUGGCCGGCAGACUCUGGUUCCUCUCCGAUUUUCCUGUGGAGGAGCACUAAAUUUGAUGACGUGGAGGGUGGACGAAACGGGAUUUAUGCUGACGUGUAAUAUCGAUUUUCUGUUGACUUGUACUUGUCCGAUAGUUGCCUCGACUUUCCGAGGUCUAUUCAUGAAAGUUUUUAGAUAUUUUCCGUUCAUUUUCCGGUCAGUCAUGGCCGGUGACUUGUGUUCUUGUCUUUUGUACACAUGAUAUUCUAGUGGAUAUCCUUUUCUUUUUC